CUAGGUGUACUGAUACAAGGUCGCGUUUCAGCACAUUUUUGUUUUAUUUCACACUUCUAUUUAAACUGUUGCUUUGUUUAUUUUCUUAAACUAGGGUUAGUUUACAAACGCGUUAUAUUUUUCUUAAAGAAUUAACUUUUUAAAGGACGCAGUCAUGUAUCCUGAGGGCAACACCGGGUACAGCUAUGAGGAGUGCAGGGCUACGGCUGACUGGCUGAUGGCCCAGACUGCAUUACGUCCCCUGGUAGGCCUUGUGUGCGGCUCUGGUCUGGGUGGACUGGCUGAGUUGCUGAAAGAUCAAGUGGUCUUUAACUACAGAGACAUCCCCAAUUUCCCCCAAAGCACAGUGCAUGGUCAUGCUGGGCGUCUUGUGUUUGGGACCCUGAAAGGGAGACCAUGUGUCUGCAUGCAGGGCCGGUUCCAUCUGUAUGAAGGAUAUCCUAUUCAAAAGAUUACUCUGCCUAUGCGGAUAUUUAAGCUAAUGGGCGUGGAGACGGUGAUCCUUACAAACGCUGCUGGAGGCCUCAAUCAGGACUUCAAGGUGGGAGACAUCAUGAUCAUGAAAGACCAUAUAAACAUGCCUGGAUUUGCUGGCAACAAUCCCUUGACAGGACCUAACGAUGAAAGGUUUGGUGUGCGGUUUCCCUGCAUGUCUGAUGCAUACGAUCGAGAGCUUCAGCAACUGGCCAUGGAUGUAGGCACGGAGCUGGGUUACGGGGACUUUCUUAAAGAGGGGGUGUACUGUGUGGUCGGAGGACCUUCGUUCGAGACCAUUGCAGAGUGUCGCAUGCUGCACAAACUAGGAGCUGAUGCUGUUGGCAUGAGCACGGUUCAUGAGGUGAUCGUGGCUCGUCACUGUGGCAUGCGUGUCUUUGGCCUGUCUCUGAUAACCAACCGUGCAGUGAUGGACUACGACAGUGAAGAGAAGGCUAAUCAUGAAGAGGUUCUAGAGACGGGAAAACAGAGGGCAUUGCAGCUGGAGAGACUGGUGUCCACUUUGGUCACUCGCAUAGGGCACAACAACUUCUUUUAACCAUAAACUUGAGAUGCAUACCUCAGAUCAACCAAGUGAAUCUAAACUGAUUAUGGGUGUGAGUGGAUGAAUUUCAGUGAUUCACACUGAUUUCAGUACUGUAAAACAUUCUGGUUUUCAUAACAGAACAGAUUAAGCAUUAAGGAGCUCUCCUGUUCAGUGCUUGUUGGUAUUGUUGGAUAUAUAGGUGUGCUCUGGAAGGUGCAAUGUACAGUGUUAAAGAUUAUUUACUUAAUUUUAUUGUUGCUCUAUAGUGUCAAGAGUUUUUACAUUCCGCUGGUAGAUGCACAAUUUUAAUCUAUAAAGAAUGUGUUAUUAUGUCCUUUAUCUUUACUCAUGUUGUAAUUAUUGUUAUAAAUCUUUGUAAAAAUGGUGAUUUCUUUAUAUGAGGUCAGUGUUUAAGAUGUACAGUAGAUGUCAUGGACUACGUCUAUUCCGUGUCUCUUUUUCUAACAUUAUUAAAGUUAUAUAUUUAUUAUUA